AUGACACCGCUAACUCGUUUGUUCGAAUAUUCUGCAGAAAACUAUCCAGUUGCUGUGAAACAGGCCGGUGACGCACCAGAUCCUAACUGUUUCAAGAGUCAAGCCUGGACAUCGACUGAGCCCGCUGGCUGGUUCGAACCCACUUCGGAAAUUUCGGUCGUACACCUGAAGGCAUUGCUACAAGACUGGAACCUGAUAGAUAGAACGCUUAGCAAAUUGCGUAUUCCAAUUGCUUAUAUAAGCAGCCCAUCCAGUCCUAGUGGUGGUUAUCCGGAGUUUGGCGAGUCUGUUUGGUCUCAUUCUCUUGGUCCCAACGACGUCCAGACACCGUCCAGCGACGACGACGACGACGACGAGGACUGCCUCUCCGCGCUCCCAUCAACGACCAUGACUGGUACGGCUACGCCAACCCGCUCCUGCCUCAAGCGCAGACUCCAUGACGCCCUCGCCUCGUCCUCGCUCGAGUCUACGAGCGGCAGCAGCUGUGCAAACUCGCUUUCUCAAAAGUCUACACUCUGCAAGACUGUCUCCUUUGACGGCAAGGAGCACAUCUACUUUGCAGACCCAGAUUAUGAUCGCCAUUCCGUCCCCGUCGCUCCAAAACUAUCUUACGAAGAUCUUUUGGAACUCAAGAUGCUCAACAUCAACCUCAUGUGUCCCCAGAACAAGUGUGCUGUCAUUCCUAUCGGCAUCUUGCCUUUAUUGCCUGCCUCGGAUGCGACGCCAUUACCGACAACGACUGCCCCCGCCGUAGUACAAUCGCGUCCAAAGCCCUCUGGUCUCGCACGUCACUUGAGUGCACAGAACCAGCACUUUGUCGGUCUGCUCGAUGACGACCUCGUCUCCAUGUCGUCAACGCCCCCACCCUCUUCACCGUCUGACCACUCUCCAAAUACGAACGACGAGGGCCAACUCAUCUUUCAGUUUUCUUCCUCGGACGAUCUCGAAGACGAGAUCAUUCGGACCACUCCUCCGACCUCGAGUCAUCCCCACCACAAGCUCGCGAGCUCCGAAAACUCGCCAAAGCACGUGAACACUCCCCCGCCUGCACCAAAAUCCGGGGCCCCGCAAUCAUCAAAUUCAGGCGUCGUGACACCCCCUUUCCCGGUGCUGCCCAGCCCAUCGUCUCAAGCCAAUGUCGCUGCAAUGACCCUGACACCUUCCUUCUUCUCGAUGACUCCGCAAACAUCGCCCACUCCAAGCGCUCCCUCGUCUCCAUUCCCAUUUGCACCUCCCGUCUCCACUUGUGUCGCCCUCCCGAGUCCCCCACCUCUUCCAACCUCUCCGUCCAUUGAUCAGGUCCGUCCAAAGGCGACAUCUUCACCCUCUGCAAUCGAUCCGCACCACGCUGUAUCCUCGCCAAAGGGAUUGCAAAAGCAUCAGCAUCAUCGCUCAACAUCCUCGCCCAUCUCAAGUCCGAAAAAGGCUCCCGCAACAUUGUCUCCGCUUGCAACACCACACGCCUCGCCAACGUUUACGAUCCCACUACACAUGCACAUGGGCUCACCCCGCGCGACGAGCGUAAAUCCCUCUUCAGCCACUCAUGGAGCAGGAGCAAGCCAAGCCCACACUCAAUCCGUUAUCGCACCUCCAGGACCGCUGGCGGCCCUUCAUCAACGACACCCGUUGUCACCUCAGCUCUCGGGCCUUCCUUCUCCCUCUCUCGUACCACCUUCGCCUUUAUCGCUGUACCCGCCCAAUUUGGAUCAACACCAACCCUCUUCCAAUGGCACAUCAAGUCCGGCCGGCUUUUUUGGCGAGCGUAAACGUUCGGCAACCGCCACGAUCGCCACGACUUCGGGCGUCGCCGGUCAUGUCAAGCGCGCGAGUGUCGGUGGCCCUACUUCGACAUUGGCACGACCUUCGUCCCCCGUCGUAAAGCCGCUGAAAUCGUGA